AUGUACAAUAUACGAUAUGACCGCAAACGACGAAUCCCCGACAACGAUAAGGCCAUUGCCAUGCUGGAAGAUUCCAUCAACCGUACAACACAAGCGUCUCAAGAACGGGCUAUCAAGCUUCUCAACUUGGGAAGCAGCUUAUCCCGUCGCUUCCAGCGGACGAGACUUUUGACACAUCUUGAAGAGGCAAUCUCAAAGUACGAAGAGGCGCUCGAGACGCCCUUCACACAAGCAAACCAAAGCGUGAAGGCUUCCUGCCUGUACAGUAUGGCACAGCUUCGACACCAACGUUAUGAAAUAACAGGAGAGGUGGCUCAUUUGGAUAUGGCCGUUGAGCAAGGGAGGUUGGCUGUGACAACUCUGGCGGAUUCUCAUCCAGAACUAGCUAGAGCUCACUCCAACUUGGGCAGCUCACUCCAAGACCGAGCAACAGAAACGGGGAGGCUUGACGACAUCGACGCGGCUCUCAACAGCUUCAGAACUGGAUGCCAUCUUCAAUCUGGCGAGCCGAUCGUGAGAAUCAAUUGCGCGCGUCGUGCAAUGGGCAUUCUAGCCGAACGAAACGAUUGGGCUGACGCUGAGAGGAUAGCAGACGUUGCUGUCAAUCUCAUACCACGAGCCUGCUCCCGAAAGCUCAGCCAAGAUGAUCAAGUACACGCACUUCGCAACAUUUCUGAGGUAUCCGCAGACGCCUGUUCAAUCUUAUUACGGUUAGGAAAGGUUGAAAAGGCCCUCCAGCAUAUCGAGUACGGCCGUGGCCUGGUUCUUGGUUAUCUCAUUGAUGAGCAGAGCGAUCUGUCGGACCUGAGAAUGCGAGACUUCUCCUUGGCGCAGGAAUACGAAUGCCUGCGCGACAGGGCUUCUAUUGCAAGCACCGACUUGGAGCCUAUAUAUCAAGAGAUGGACGUCUGUGAAUCGAAGAUUCGUCAGAUUGAAGGCUUCGAAAGGUUUUUGCUGCCGCCCUCUCUGGAGGAAUUGCAAUAUGCCGCUUGUGAAGGCCCAAUAGUUGUCGUCAACACGUCCAGGUGUGGAGCAGACGCUAUCAUCAUCACCAAAAAUUGCUUCAAGGCUGUGGAGAUUCCCGAAAUGUCAUCCAGUUGGAUGGUUAGGGGCACUGGAAAUGGAACGGAAGAGCAGAGGGGUCAGCGAGACAUCAAACCAGAACGUGCUCCAAGAUUGAACGAUGUGGCACUGGGGUGGCUGUGGUCUGCUUGCGUCCAUCCUAUUCUCAAGCAGAUCACGAAAGAUCUCGGUCAAAAGCCCAGCGACGCCGACCUGCCGCGUAUGUGGUGGAUUGGAACCGGACAUGCCAGCAGCCUUCCGUUUCAUGCGGCCACAAGUUCCAACGCGGAAGCUCCUGGCAGCACUCUCGACCUGACUAUUUCGUCGUACACGUCGACCAUCAAGGCUCUGCAGAACGCUCGAAAUCGCGCUUUGAGGGGACAGGAACAGGACCGCGUCGACCCAUACAACCUUUUGGUGGUCACUAUGCCCAGCACGCCCGGUGGGACGCCUCUUCCUGGCGUAACACGUGAGCUUCGUGCGAUCAAGACUGCCGUAGAUGGCACAUACAACAUCACGGAACUUGAAAAGCCCAACGCCCGUCAAGUUUUGGAUGGUAUGCAAGACGCGCAGAUUGUGCACUUCGCGUGUCACGGCACCUCUGAUCCUCUCGAUCCAUUGCAGAGUCACUUGUUACUGCAAACUUCCGAUCAAGACUUGGACAAGCUUACAGUCAAGUCGCUCAUGGCCGCGAAAGUUCAAACGCGGGCUUGGAUCGCUUAUUUAUCCGCAUGUUCAACAGCUGAAGUGAGCGCGUCCAGCCUGAAGAACGAGGGUCUGCACGCGACGAGCGCCUUCCAAGCUGCUGGAUUCGGUCAUGUGAUUGGUUCCAUGUGGCCAGUCAGCGACGAGGUUUCCAUCGAAGUUGCCCAACUCUUUUAUGAGUUUUUGAGCAAACCCAAAACAGAGGUUGUCUCGCCGAACAGGCUGGUUGCAGAGGCUUUGAGGAACGCCGUAAUUGAGGUUCGUAAACGCCAUCCUGACAAUGCCGAUGUCUGGGGGCCAUACAUACACUAUGGCGCAUGA